AUGCGUCAAAAGUAUAAUUUAUGUGUAAACGCCGAUCAACAUAUUUCUCUCAUAUCUUUUUCUUUCCGCCCAAAGUUAUUUCUGCCCAAACUUCUUUCUGCCCAAACUUCUUUCCGCCCAAGGUUCUUUCUGUCCAAAGUUCUUACCGCCCAAACUUCUUUGUGCCCAAACUUCUUUCCGUCCAAAAUUCUUUCUGCCCAAACUUCUUUCCGCCCAAAGUUGUUUCGGCCAAAAGUUGUUUCCGCCCAAACUUCUUUGCGCCCAAAUUUCUUUCUGCCCAAAGUUCUUUCCGCCCAAACUUCUUUCCGCCCAAACUUUUUCCGCCCAAAGUUGUUCUCUCGACCCAAACUUCUUUCCGGCCAAAGUUCUUUCUGCCCAAAUUUCUCUAGACACAAACUUCUUUCCGGCCAAAGUACUUUCUGCCCAAACUUCUAUGCACCCAAACUUCUUUCUGCCCAAACUUCUUUCAGCACAAAUUUCUUUCUGUCCAAAGUUAUUUCUGUCCAAACUAAUUUCUGCCCAAACUUCUUUCUGCCCAAACUUUUUCCGCCCAAAGUUGUUUCUGUCCAAAGUUGUUUCGGCCCAAACUUCUUUCUGUCCAAACUUCAUCCGGCCAAAUUCUUUCUGUCCAAAGUUCUUUCUCCCCGAAAUUCUUUCUGCCCAAAAUUAUUUCUGCCAAAAUUUCUUUCCGCCAAAAGGUCUUUCCGCCCAAACCUCGUUCUGCCCAAAGUUUUUCCGCCAAAAAUUAUUUCCGCCCAAACUUUUUUCCGCCCAAAGUUGUUUCCACCCAAACUUCUUUCCGCCCAAACUUCUUUCUGCCCACACUUCUUUCCGCCCAAAGUUGUUUCCGUCCAAAGUUGUUUCGGCCUAAACUUUUUUCCGCCCAAAGUUCUUUCUGCCCAAAGUUCUUUCCACGCAAAGUUGUUUCCGCCCAAACUUCUUUCCGCCCAAACUUCUUUCUGUCCAAAGUUUUUUCUGUCCAAACUUCUUUCUGCCCGAAAUUCUUUCUGCCCAAAAUUAUUUCUGCCAAAAUUUCUUUCCGCCAAAAGGUCUUUUCGCCCAAACCUCGUUCUGCCCAAACUUCUUUCCGCCCAAAGUUUUUUGUGUCCAAAGUUCUUUCUGCCCAAAGUUCUUUCCGCCAAAACUUAUUUCCGCCCAAACUUCUUUCCGCCCAAACUUCUUUCUGCCCAAACUUCUUUCCACCCAAAGUUUUUUCUGCCCAAAAUUCGUUCUGCCCAAACUUCUUUCCGCUCAAAGUUCUUUCUAUCCAAAGUUCUUUCUUCCCAAAGUUAUUUCCGCCCAAACUUCUUUCUGCCCAAAAUUAUUUCCGCCCAAAGUUGCGUCUGUCCAAAAUUAUUUCUGCCCAAAGUUCCUUCCGCCCAAAGUUUUUUCUGUCCAAAGUUUUUUCUGCCCAAAGUUCUUUCCGCCCAAAGUUCUUUCUGUCCAAAGUUGUUUCAGCCCAAAUUUCUUUCUGCCAAAACUUCUUUCCGCCCAAAGUUGUUUCCGCCCAAACUUUUUUCCGCCCACAGUUGUUUCUGCCCAAGGUUCGUUCCGCCCAAACUUCUUUCUUCCCAAAGUUCUUUCCGCCCAAAGUUAUUUCUGUUCUUUCCACCAAACUUCUUUCUGCCCCAAACUUCUUUCUGUCCAAAGUUCUUUCUGCCCAAAGUUCUUUCUGCCCAAACUUCUUUCUGCCCAAAUUUCUUUCUGUCAAAACUUCUUUCUGCCCAAACUUCUUUCUGCCCAAACUUCUUUCUGCCCAAAACUUCUUUCUGCUUUCCAAAGUUGUUUCUGUUCAAACAUCUUUUCUUUCCACCAAACUUCUUUCUUCCCAAACUUUCUUUCCGACCAAAGUUGUUUCUCUCAAAGUUCUUUCCGACCAAACUUCUUUCCGCCCAAACUUCUUUCUCUGUCCAAAAUGUUCUUUCUGUCCAAAAGUUCUUUCCUGCCAAACUUCUUUCUGCCCAAACUUCUUUCUGCCCAAACUUCUUUCCUAAAAGUUCUUUUCUGUCAAAACUUCUUUGCCCAAACCACUUUCUGCCCAAACUUCUUUCUGCCCAAACUUCUUUCCGUCUAAAGUUCUUUCUGCCCAAACUUUGUUUCUGCCCAAACUUCUUUCCGCCCAAAGUUCUUUCUUUUUGCUUUCUUUUCCCAAACUUCUUUCUGCCAAACUUCUUUCCGCCCAAACUUUUUCUGUCCAAACUUCUUUCUGCCCAAAACUUCUUUCUUUCCAAACUUCUUUCUGCCCAAACUUCUUUUUGCUUGUCCAAACUUCUUUUCCGCCCAAACUUUCUGCCCAAACUUCUUUCCAUCAAAAGUUCUUCUGUCCAAAAGUUCCUUCUGCCCAAACUUCUUUCCCCAAACUUCUUUCUGCCCAAAACUUCUUUCGACCAAAGUUCUUUCUGUCCAAAUUAUUUCUGUCCAAAGUUGUUUCUGCCCAAACUUCUUUCUGCCCAAACUUCUUUCCGCCCAAACUUGUUUCGGCCCAAACUACUUACUGUCCAAAAUUUUUUCCGCCCAAAGUUCUUUCUAUCCAAAGUUCUUUCUGCCCAAACUUCUUUCCGACCAAAGUUCUUUUCUGUCCAAAAGUUCUUUUUGCCCAAAGUUCUUUCUCCAAAACUUCUUUCUGUCCAAACUUCUUUCCGCCCAAACUUCUUUUUGAUUCUUAAACUUCUUUUCUGCCCCAACUUCUUUCUGCCCAAAAUUCUUUUUUCUAAGUUCUUUCCGUCCAAACUUCUUUCUUGCCAAACCUUUCUGUGUCAAACUUCUUUCUGCCCUGUCCAAGUUGUUUCUUUCAAACUUCUUUCUUCCCAAAGUCUUUUCUGCCCAAACUUCUUUCCGCCCAAAGUUCUUUCUGCCCAAACUUCUUUCUGCCCAAACUUCUUUCCGCCCAAAGUUCUUUCUGUCCAAAGUUCUUUCCGCCCAAACUUCUUUCUGCCCAAACUUCUUUCCCCAAAGUUCUUUCUGUCCAAAGUUCUUUCUCGCCCAAACUUCUUUCUGCCCAAACUUUCUUUUCCGUCCAAACUUCUUUUUCUGUCCAAACUUCUUCUUUUCCAAACUUCUUUCUGCCCCAAACUUUCUUUCCACCCAAAGUUCUUUCUGUCCAAAAUUCUUUCUGCCCAAACUUCUUUCUGCCCAAACUUCUUUCCACCCAAACUUCUUUGUUUCUUUCUCCCACCCAAACUUCUUUCUGUCCAAAAUUGUUUCCAUCAAAGUUGUUUCUGUCCAAACUUCUUUCUGCCCAAACUUCUUUCCACCCAAACUUCUUUCUUUCUACCUAAACUUCUUUCUGCCCAAACUUCUUUCCUGUCAAACUUCUUUCUGGCCAAAAGUUCUUUCUGCCCAAACUUCUUUCCGCCCAAACUUCUUUUUUUCCUGCCCAAAGUUCUUUCUGCCCAAAGUUCUUUCCGCCCAAACUUUUUCUGUCCAAACUUUUUCUGCCCAAACUUCUUUCUUGUAAAAGUUUUUUCUGCCCAAACCUCUUUCUGCCCAAACUUCUUUCUGCCCAAACUUGUUUCUGUCCAAAGUUCUUUCUGUCCAAACUUCUUUUCUGUCCAAACUUCUUUCCGCCCAAACUUCUUUCUGUCCAAACUUCUUCUGCCAAACUUCUUUCCAAACUUCUUUCCCCAAAACAUUCUUCUGCCCAAACUUCUUUCCUUCCUGCUACAAACUUCUUUCUGCCCAAACUUCUUUCUGCCUAAACUUUUCUGCCCCAAAGUUCUUUCUGUCCAAACUUCUUUCUGCCCAAACUUCUUUCCGCUUAAAGUUCUUUCUUCUAAACUUUUUUCUGCCAAAGUUCUUUCUGCCCAAAACUUCUUUGUGUCAAAGUUCUUUCUGCCCAAACUUCUUUCUGCCCAAAAAUUCUUUCUGCCCAAAACCUUUUUUCUGUCCAAAAUUCUUUCUGCCCAAAGUUCUUUCUGUCAAACGUCUUUCUGCCCAAACUUCUUUCUGCCCAAACUUCUUUCCCCAAAUUUAAACUUCUUUGCAAAUUUCUUUCCGCCUAAAAUCUUUUUGUCCAAACUUCUUUCUGCCCAAACUUCUUUCCUUCAAAUUUUUUCCCAAACUUCUUUCUGUCCAAACUUCUUUCCGCCCAAAAAUUCUUUCUGCCCCAAAGUUCUUUCCGCCCAAAGUUCUUUCUGCCCAAACUUCUUUCCACCCAAACUUUCUUUCUGUCCAAACAUCUUUCUGCCCCCAACUUCUUUCUGCCCAAAGUUCUUUCUGCCCAAACUUUUUCUGCCAAAACUUCUUUCUGCCCAAAGUUCUUUCCGCCCAAAGUUCUUUCCGCCCAAAGUUCUUUUUGCUCAAACUUCUUUCCACCCAAAAUUCUUUCUGUCCAAAGUUGUUUCUGCCAAACUUCUUUCCGCUUUUUCUUUCCGCCCAAACUUCUUUCUGCCCAAACUUCUUUCCUUCCAAAUUUCUUUCUGCCCUUUCUGUCUUUCUUUCUGUCAAAAGUUCUUUCUGUCCAAACUUCUUUCUGCCCAAAUUUCUUUUCCGUUCUUUCUGUCCAAAGUUCUUUCUUCAAACCUUUCCUCCCAAACUUCUGUUCUGCCCAAACUUCUUUCCACCCAAAUUUCUUUCUGUCCAAACUUCUUUCCGCCCAAACUUCUUUCUUUUCCCAAAGUUCUUUCCGCCCAAAGUUCUUUCUGUCAAACUUCUUUCUGUCCAAACUUCUUUCUGCCCAAAGUUCUUUCUGCCCAAACUUCUUUUAAAAUUCUUUCCGUCCAAAAUUCUUUCUUUCCGCCCAAAUUUCUUUCUGCCAAACUUCUUUCUUCACCAAAAACAUCUUUCCCAAAGUUGUUUUCCAAAGUUCUUUCACUUAAAACUUCUUUCUUUCCACUUCUUUCUUUUUUCUGUCCAAAUUUCUUUCUGCCAAACUUCUUUCCCAAAGUUCUUUCCUUCUCAAAGUUUUUUUCUUUUUUUUUUUUUCUUUCAUUCCAAACUUCUUUCUUUCCAAAGUUCUUUCUGCCCAAACUUUUUUUCUCUGUCCAAUUCUGUCCAAACAUCUUUCCGCCCAAACUUCUUUUUUUUCUUUCCCCCAAAGUUUUUCUGUCCAAAGUUUUUUCCGCCCAAACAUCUUUCUGCCCAAACUUCUUUCUGCUUCUUUUCUUUCAUUCUAAACUUUUUUCUGCCCAAAAUUUUUCUGCCCAAACUUCUUUCUGCCCAAAGUUCUUUUCUGUCCAAACUUCUUUCUGUUUUUUUCUUUCUGCCCAAACUUCUUUCCCCCAAACUUCUUUCUGUCAAAAGUUUUUCUGUCCAAAGUUCUUUUUUUUCUGCCCAAAAUUUUUUUCCGCCCAAACUUCUUUCUUUCUUUCCAUUCAAAGUUCUUUCCUUCUUUCCAAAAUUGUUUCCAUCCAAACAUUUCUUUCUGCCCAAACUUCUUUCUUUCAAAAAGUUCUUUCUGCCCAAAGUUCUUUCUUUGCCCAAUUUCUUUCCCAAACUUUUUUUCUUUCUGCCCAAAUUUUUCCGCCCAAACUUCUUUCUGCCCAAACUUCUUUCUUCUUCUUUCUUUUUUCAAAGUUCCAAACACGUUCUUUCCUUUUAAAGUUCUUUCUUUCUUUGUUUCCCAUUUCUUUUCUGCCCAAACUUCUUUCUGCCCAAACUUCUCUUCCAUUUUCUUUUUCUGUCCAAAGUUCUUUCUGCCCAAACUUCUUUCUGCCCAAACUUCUUUCCGCCAAAAGUUCUUUCUGUCAAACUUCUUUCUGUCCAAACAUCUUUCUGCCCAAACUUCUUUCUGCCCAAACUUCUUUCUGCCCAAAGUUCUUUCUGCUAAAACUUCUUUCAAAGUUCUUUCUGCCCAAACUUCUUUCUGCCCAAAUUCUUUCUGUCCAAAGUUCUUUCUCGCCAAACUUCUUUCUGCCCAAACUUCUUUCUGACCAAACUUCUUUCUUCAAAGUUGUUUCUGCCAAACUUCUUUCCGCCCAAACUUCUUUCUGUCCCAAACUUCUUUCCGCCCAAACUUUGUUUCUGUCCAAACUUUUUCUGCCCCCAAACUUCUUUCCCCAAACUUCUUUCUGCCCAAACUUCUUUUCUGCCCAAACUUCUUACCCAAACUUCUUUUUCACUUUCCUUAAAAUUCUUUCUGUCCUAAACGUCUUUCUGUCAAACUUCUUUCUAACCAAAGUUGUUUCUGUAAAACUUCUUUCCACUUCUUUCUGUCCAAACUUCUUUCUGCCCAAACUACUUUCUGCCCAAAGUUCAUGUUCUGUCCAAAGUUCUUUCUGCCCAAACUUCUUUCCGCCCAAACUUUUUCUGCCCAAACUUCUUUCUGCCUUUCUGUCCAAAGUUGUUUUCUGUCAAAAGUUGUUUCUGCUUAAACUUCUUUCUGCCCAAACUUCUUUCUGCCCAAACUUCUUUCUUCCCAAACUUCUUUCUGCCCAAAGUCUUUUCUGUCCAAAGUUCUUUCCUACUGCUUCUUUCCGCCCAAACGUCUUUCUUUCUCUUUCAAAAUUUUUUCCAAAAGUUCUUUCUGUCCAAACUUCUUUCUGUCCAAAGUUCUUUCUGUCCAAAGUUCUUUCUGCCCAAACGUCUUUCCUGCCAAAGUUCUUUCUGUCAAAACUUCUUUUGUCCUCCCUUUCUGAAAUUUUUCUGUCCAAACUUCUUCUUUCUGCUUUCUGUCCAAACUUCUUUCUGCCCAAACUUCUUUCUGCCCAAACUUCUUUCUGCCCCAAAGUUUCUUUCCUGUCCAAAAUUUUCUUUCUGCCCAAACUUCUUUCCGCCCAAACUUCUUUCUGCCAAAGUUCUUUCUGCCCAAAGUUCUUUCUGCCCAAACAUUCUUUCACCCAAACUUCUUUCCGCCCAAACUUCUUUCUGUUUUUCUGCCCAAACAUCUUUCUGCCCCAAACUUCUUUCUGCCCAAACUUCUUUCUGUCCAAAGUUUUUCUGCCCAAACUUCUUUCUGCCCAAAACUUCUUUCCUCCCAAACUUCUUUCUGUCCAAAGUUCUUUCAGUUUUCCCCAAAAAUCUUUCUGCCCAAAAGUUCUUUCUGCCCAAACUUCUUUCCUCCCAAAGUUCUUUCUGUCCAAACUUCUUUCUGCCCAAACUUCUUUCCUCCCAAAGUUUCUUUCUGCCCAAACUUCUUUCCUCCAAAAAUUCUUUCUGUCCAAAGUUCUUUCCGCCCAAACUUCUUUCUCCGCAAAAACUUUUCUGUCCAAACUUCUUUUCUGUCCAAAAUUCUUUCUGUCCAAAGUUCUUUCUGCCCAAACUUCUUUCCUCCAAACUUCUUUCUGCCCAAACUUCUUUCCUGCCCAAACUUCUUUCUUUCCCCAAUCUUCUUUCUGCCCAAAAGUCUUUCCGCCCAAAGUUCUUUCCGCCCAAACUUCUUUCUGCCCAAACUUCUUUCCGCCCAAAGUUCUUUCUGCCCAAACUUCUUUCCGCCCAAACUUCAUUCCGCCCAAAGUUUUUUCCGUCAAACUUCUUUCUGCCCAAAGUUCUUUCUGUCUUUCCCGCAAAAGUUCUUUCUCCCAAAGUUCUUUCCGCUUAAACUUUUUUCUGCCCAAAUUCUUUCUUUCUGUCUUUCCACCUAAACUUCUUUCUGCCCAAACUUCUUUCCGCCCAAACUUCUUUCUGUCACAACUUUUUCUGCCCAAACUGCUUUUUCUUUCUGUCCAACUUCUUUUCUGUCCAAACUUCUUUCCACCCAAAUUCUUUCUUCUUUCUUUCCAAACUUCUUUCCUCCCAAAAAUUCUUUCUGUCCAAAUUUCUUUCUGUCAAAGUUCUUUCUGCCCAAACUUCUUUCUGCCCCAAACUUCUUUCCGUUUCCAAAAGUUCUUUCUGUCAGCCCAAACUUCUUUCCACCCAAACUUCUUUCUGCCCAAAGUUCUUUCCUCUUUCCCAAACUUCUUUCUGCCCAAACUUCUUUCUGUCCAAAGUUCUUUCUUCUUUCCCAAACUUCUUUCCGCCCAAACUUCUUUCCGCCCAAACUUUCUUAAAAUCCUUCCAAACUUCUUUCCGUCCAAACUUUUUUCUGCCCAAAAAUUCUUUCUUUCUUUCUCCCAAACUUCUUUUUUCUUAAACUUCUUUUCUGCCCAAACUUUUCUGUCCAAACUUCUUUCUGUCCAAACGUCUUUCUGUCCAAACUUCUUUCUUUCCGCCCAAACUUCUUUCCAUUUUCUUUCUGUCCAAAGUUCUUUCUGCCCAAACUUCUUUCUGUCCAAACUUCUUUCUGCCCAAACUUCUUUCUGCCAAAGUUCUUUCUGUCCAAACUUUCUCCGCCCAAACUUUCUUUCAAAUGUUUUCAAAGUUCUUUCCAUAAAACUUUCUUUCCAAACUUCUUUCUGCCCAAACUUCUUUCUGUCCAAAUUCUUUCUGUCCAAAACUUCUUUCCUUAAACUUCUUUCGCCCAAAAUUCUUUCCCUCAAAGUUCUUUCUGUCCAAAGUUGUUUCCACCAAACUUCUUUCCGCCCAAACUUCAUUCUCCCCAAACGUCUUUCCGCCCAAAUGUUCUUUCUGUCCAAAGUUCUUUCCUUAAACUUCUUUCGUCUUCUUUCUGCCCAAACUUCUUUCCUCCCAAGUUCUUUCUGUCCUAAUUUCUUUCUGUCCAAACUUCUUUCAGCCCAAACUUCUUUCUGCCCAAACUUCUUUCCAUCCAAAUUUCUUUCUGUCCAAGUUUUCUUUCCGCCCAAACUUCUUUCCAAACUUCUUUCUGACCAAACUUUUUCCAAAAAUUUUUCUGUCCAAAAUUGUUUCUCCCAAACUUCUUUCUGCCCAAACUUCUUUCUGCCCAAACUUCUUUCUUCCCAAACUUCUAUCUGUCCAAACGUUUUUUCUGUCCAAAGUUCUUUCUGUCCAAACUUCUUUCUGCCCAAACUUCUUUCCAUUAAAGUUCUUUCUGUCCAAAACUUCUUUCCAAAACUUCUUUCUGUCCAAACUUCUUUCUGUCCAAACUUCUUUCUGUCCCAAACUUCUUUCUGUCAAAAAUUUCCGUUUGUUUCCAAACUUCUUUCUGCCCAAACUUCUUUCUGUCCAAAGUUCUUUCUGCCCAAACUUCUUUCUGCCCAAAGUUGUUUCUGUCCAAACUUCUUUCUGCCCAAACUACUUUCUGCCCAAACUUCUUUCCGUCCAAACUUCUUUCUGCCCAAACUUCUUUCCGCCCAAACUUCUUUCCAUCCAAAGUUGAUUCUGCUCAAAGUUGUUUCUCCCAAACUUUUUUCUGCCCAAACUUCUUUCCGCCCAAAGUUUUUUCCACCUAAACUUCUUUCUGCCCAAACUUUCUGCCAAAACUUUUCUUUCUUUCUGUCCAAAGUUGUUUCCACCCAAACUUCAUUACGCCCAAAGUUCAUUCUCCCGAAACGUCUUUCCGCCCAAUGUUCUUUCUGUCCAAAGUUCUUUCCGCCCAAACUUCUUUCGGCCCAAUCUUCUUUCUGCCCAAACUUCUUUCCUCCCAAAUUUCUUUCUGUCCUAAUUUCUUUCUGUCCAAACUUCUUUCAGCCCAAACUUCUUUCUGCCCAAACUUCUUUCCUUAAAUUUCUUUCUGUCCAAAGUUGUUUCCGCCCAAACUACUUUCUGCCCAAAGUUCAUGCUGCCCAAACGUAUUUCCGCCCAAAGUUCUUAUUGUACAAAGUUCUUUCCGCCCAAACUUCUUUCGGCCCAAACUUUUUUCUGACCAAACUUUUUUCCGCCCAAAAUUGUUUCUGUCCAAAGUUGUUUCUCGCCAAACUUCUUUCUGCCCAAACUUCUUUCUGCCCAAACUUCUUUCUUCCCAACUUCUAUCUGCCCAAAGUACUUUCUGUCCAAAGUUCUUUCCGCCCAAACUUCUUUCUGCCCAAAAUUCUUUCCGCCCAAUGUUCUUUCUGUCCAAAGUUGUUUCCACCCAAACUUCUUUCCGCCCAAAGUGCAUUCUGCCCAAACGUCUUUCCUCUCAAAGUUCUUUCUGUCCAAACUUGUUUGUGUCCAAAUUUCUUUCUGCCCGAAAUUCAUUCUGCCCAAACUUCUUUCUGCCCAAACUGCUUUCCUCCCAAAGUUCUUUCUGUCCUAAUUUCAUUCUGCCCAAACUUCUUUCAGCCCAAACUUCUUUCUGCCCAAACUUCUUUCCACCCAAAAUUUCUUUCUGUCAAAGUUGUUUCCCACCCAAACUACUUUCUGCCCAAAGUUCAUGCUGCCCAAACAUAUUUCCUUAAAUUGUUUCUCUCCAAACUUCUUUCUGCCCAAACUUCUUUCUGCCCAAACUUCUUUCUUCACAACUUCUAUCUGCCCAAAGUACUUUCUGUCCAAAGUUCUUUCCAAACUUCUUUUCCCAAACUUCUUUCCGCAAAACUUCUUUCUGCCCAAAAUUCUUUCCGCCCAAAAGUUCUUUCUGUCCAAAGUUGUUUCCCACCCAAACUUCUUUCCGCCCAAAAGUUCAUUCUGCCCAAACGUCUUUCCUCUCAAAGUUCUUUCUGUCCAAACUUGUUUGUGUCCAAAUUUCUUUCUGCCCGAAAUUCUUUCUGCCCAAACUUCUUUCUGCCCAAACUGCUUUCCGUCCAAAGUUGUUUCUGUCAAAACUUCUCUCUGCCCAAACUUCUUUCUGCCCAAACAUCUUUCCUUAAAACUUCUUUCUGCCCAAACUUCUUUCCACUUAAAAUUUUUUUCCACCUAAACUUCUUUCUGCCCAAACUUCUUUCGGCCCAAAGUUGCUUCUGUACAAAGCCGUUUCUGCCCAAAAAUCGUUCUGCCCAAACUUCUUUCCGCCCAAAGUUCUUUCUGUCCAAAGUUCUUUACGCCCAAACGUCUUUCUGCCCAAUCUUCAUUCUGCCCAAACUUCUUUCCUCCCAAAGUUAUUUCUGUCCAAAUUUCUUUCCGCCUAAACUUCUUUCGGCCCAAACUUCUUUCUGCCCAAACUUCUUUCCUCCCAAAGUUAUUUCUGUCCAAAUUUCUUUCCGCCUAAACUUCUUUCUGCCCAAACUUCUUUCCGCCCAAAGUUCUUUCUGUCCACAGUUCAUUCUGCCCAAACGUCUUUCCGCCCAAAUUUCUUUCUGUCCAAAGUUCUUUCUGUCCCAAUUUGUUUCUGCCCGAAAUUCUUUCUGUCCAAAAUUCUUUCAGCCCAAAUUUCUUUCCGCCCAAAGUUCUUUCCGCCCAAACUUUUUUGUGCCCAAACUGCUUUCCGCCCGAAGUUGUUUCUGUCCAAAGUUGUAUCUGCCCAAACUUCUUCCUGCCCAAUGUUCUUUCCGCCCAAACCUCUUUCCGCCCAAAUUUGUUUCCGCCCAAAUUUGUUUCCGCCCAAACUUAUUUCCGCCCAAUAUUCUUUCUGUCAAAAGUUCUUUCCGCCCAAACUUCUUUCUGCCCAAAUUUCUUUCCUUAAAAGUUCUCUCUGUCAAAUUUCUUUCCUUAAAAUUCUUUCUGCCCAAACUUCUUUCUGUCCAAACUUCUUUCUGUCUAAACUUCUUUCCACCCAAAUUUCUUUCAGCCCAAACUUCGUUCCGCCCAAACUUCUUUCCGCCCAAACUUUUUCCUGCCCAAAGUUCUUUCCGCCCUAAUUUCUUUCUGCCCAAAUUCUUUCCUUUAAAUUUCUUUCUGCUCAAAGUUGUUUCUGCCCAAACUUCUUCCGCCCAAAGUUGUUUCCGCCCAAACUUCUUUCUGCCCAAACUUCUUUCCUUCCAAACUUCUUUCUGUCCAAAGGAUUUUCUGCCCAAACAUCUUUCUGCCCAAACUGCUUUACGCCCAAACGUCUUUUCGCCAAAGUUCUUUCUGUCCAAAUUUUUUCCGCCCAAACUUCUUUCGGCCCAAACUUCUUUCUGCCCAACUUCUAUCCGCCCAAAGUACUUUCUGUCCAAACUUCUUUCUGUCCAAAGUUCUUUCUGCCCAAACUUCUUUCUGUCCAAACUGCUUUCCGCCAAAAGUUGUUUCUGUCGAAACUUCUCUCUGCCCAAACUUCUUUCUGCCCAAACUUCUUUCCGCCCAAAGAUGUUUCUGUCCAAAGUUGAUUCUGCUCAAAGUUGUUUCUGCCCAAACUUCUUUCUGCCCAAACUUCUUUCCGCCCAAAGUUUUUCCGCCCAAACUUCUUUCUGCCCAAACUUCUUUCCGCCGAAAGUUCAUUCUGCCCAAAGUUGUUUCUGCCCAAACAUUUUUCUGCCCAAACUUCUUUCCGCCCAAACUUCUUUCCGCCCAAAGUUCUUUCUGUCCAAAGUUCUUUCCGCCCAAACUUCUUUCGGCCCAAAAUUCUUUCCAUCCAAAGUUCUUUCUGUCCAAAGUUGUUUCCACCCAAACUUCAUUACGCCCAAAGUUCAUUCUCCCCAAACGUCUUUCCGCCCAAUGUUCUUUCUGUCCAAAGUUCUUUCCGCCCAAACUUCUUUCGGCCCAAUCUUCUUUCUGCCCAAACUUCUUUCCUCCCAAAGUUCUUUCUGUCCUAAUUUCUUUCUGUCCAAACUUCUUUCAGCCCAAACUUCUUUCUGCCCAAACUUCUUUCCGCCCAAAUUUCUUUCUGUCCAAAGUUGUUUCCGCCCAAACUACUUUCUGCCCAAAGUUCAUGCUGCCCAAACGUAUUUCCACCCCAAAGUUCUUAUUGUUCAAAGUUCUUUCCUUAAACUUCUUUCGAUUCCAAACUUUUUUCUGACCAAACUUUUUUCCGCCCAAAAUUGUUUCUGUCCAAAGUUGUUUCUCGCCAAACUUCUUUCUGCCCAAACUUCUUUCUGCCCAAACUUCUUUCUUCACAACUUCUAUCUGCCCAAAGUACUUUCUGUCCAAAGUUCUUUCCGCCCAAACUUCUUUCUGCCCAAAAUUCUUUCCGCCCAAAGUUCUUUCUGUCCAAAGUUGUUUCCACCCAAACUUCUUUCCGCCCAAAGUGCAUUCUGCCCAAACGUCUUUCCUCUCAAAGUUCUUUCUGUCCAAACUUGUUUGUGUCCAAAUUUCUUUCUGCCCGAAAUUCUUUCUGCCCAAACUUCUUUCUGCCCAAACUGCUUUCCGUCCAAAGUUGUUUCUGUCCCUAACUUCUCUCUGCCCAAACUUCUUUCUGCCCAAACAUCUUUCCUCCCAAACUUCUUUCUGCCCAAACUUCUUUUCCAAAAGUUGUUUCUGUUAAAACUUGAUUCUGCUCAAAGUUGUUUCUCCCAAACUUCUUUCUGCCCAAACUUCUUUCCUUCCCACCUAAACUUCUUUCUGCCCAAACUUCUUUCCGCCCAAAGUUCUGUACAAAAGCUUCUUUCUGUCCAAACUUUACGCCCAAACGUCUUUCUGUCCAAACUUCAUUCUGCCCAAACUUCUUUCCUCCCAAAGUUGUUUCUGUCCAAAACUUCUUUCCGCCUAAACUUCUUUCAAAACUUCUUUCUGCCAAAACGUCUUUCUGCCCAAAGUUAUUUCUGUCAAAUUUCUUUCCGCCUAAACUUCUUUCUGCCCAAACGUCUUUCCGCCCAAAGUUCUUUUCCCCAAACUUCAUUCUGCCCAAACUUAUUUCUUUCCAAACUUCUUUCCUUAAAGUUCUUUCUGUCCAAGUUCAUUCUGCCCAAACGUCUUUCCUUAAAUUUCUUUCUAUCCAAAGUUCUUUCUGUCCCAAUUUGUUUCUGCCCAAAUUCUUUCUGUCCAAACUUCUUUCUGCCCAAUCUUCUUUCCUUCCAAAUUUCCGCCCAAACUUCUUUCUGCCCAAUAUUCUUUCUGUCAAAGUUCUUUCCGCUCAAACUUCUUUCUGCCCAAAUUUUUUUCUCUCUCUGUCCAAAGUUCUUUCCGCCCAAAAUUCUUUCUGCCCAAACUUCGUUCCCCCAAACUUCUUUCCGCCCAAACUUUUUCCUGCCCAAAGUUCUUUCCGCCCCAAAUUUCUUUCUGCCCAAAGUUCUUUCCGCCCAAACUUCUUUCCGCCUAAACUUCUUUCCGCCCAAACUUCUUUCUGCCCAAAUUCUUUCCACCCAAACUUCUUUCUUUCUUAAAUUUGUUUCUGCCCAAACUUAUUUCCGCCCAAUAUUCUUUCUGUCCAAAAGUUCUUUCCGCCCAAACUUCUUUCUGCCCAAAUUUCUUUCCUGCCCAAAGUUCUCUCUGUCCAAAGUUCUUUCCACCCAAAAUUCUUUCUGCCCAAACUUCUUUCUGUCCAAACUUCUUUCUGUCCAAAUUUCUUUCCACCCAAAUUUCUUUUCAGCCCAAACUUCGUUUCCGCUCCAAAGUUCUUUCCGCAAAAAAAAUUCUUUCCGUCUAAACUUCUUUCCGCCCAAACUUCUUUCCACCCAAAGUUAUUUCCGACCAUAUUUCUUUCCGCCCAAACUUUUUUCUGCCCAAAGUUCUUUCCGCCCUAAUUUCUUUCUGCCCAAAGUUCUUUCCGCCCAAACUUCUUUCCGCCUAAACUUCUUUCCACUUAAACUUCUUUCUGCCCAAAAUUCUUUCCACCCAAACUUCUUCCCACCCAAAGUUCUUUCCAUUAAAUUUUUUUCUGCUCAAAGUUCUUUCUGCCCAAACUUCUUUCCCCCCAAAUUUCUUUCUGCCACAAUUUCUUUCCGCCGAAAGUUCUUUCCGCCCAAAUUCUUUCCGACCAAAGUUCUUUCCGCUCAAACAUUCUUUCCAAAAAUUCUUUCUUCGCCCCAAUUCUUUCUGUCUAAUUUCUUUCCGCCCAAAUUUCUUCCUGCCCAAACUUCUUUCCACCCAAACUUCUUUCUGCCCCAAAUUCUUUCCACCAAACUUCUCCCCGCCCAAAGUUUUUUCCGCCCAAAUUUCUUUCUGCUCAAACUUCUUUCUGCCCAAAGUUCCUUCCGCUCAAUGUUCUUUCCGCCCAAAUUUCUUUCCGCCGAAAGUUCUUUUUGCCACAAAUUCUUUCCGCCGAAAGUUCUUUCCGCCCAAAUUCUUUCCGCCAAAAAUUCUUUCCGACCAAAGUUCUUUCCGCCCAAAGUUCUUUCCGCCCCAAUUCUUUCUUUCUUUCCGCCCAAAUUUCUUUCCGCCUUCUUUCUUUCCGCCCAAACUUCUUUCCGCACAAACUUUUUCUUUUGCCCAAACUUCUUUCCGCACAAAUUUUCAUUCUGCCUAAAUUUUCUAUCCGCCCUAAUUUCUUUCUGCCCAAACUUCUUUCCGCCCAAACUUCUUUCCGGCAAAACUACUUUCCGCCCAAAUAUUUCCGACCAUAGUUCUUUCCCCAAAUUUUUCCUGCCCAAAGUUCUUUCCGCCCAAACUUCUUUCCGCCCAAACUUCUUUCCGCCCAAACUUCUUUCUGCCCAAAAAUUCUUUCUGUCCCCAAACUUCUUCCCGCCCAAAAUUCUUUCCAUCCAAACUUUCUUUCUGCCCAAACUUCCUUCUGCCCAAAGUUCAUUUCCGCUCAAAGUUCUUUCCGCCCAAAUUUCUUUCCGCCCAAUGUUCUUUCUGUCCAAAGUUCUUUCCGCCCAAACUUCUUUCGGCCCAAUCUUCUUUCUGCCCAAACUUCUUUCCUCCCAAAGUUCUUUCUGUCCUAAUUUCUUUCUGUCCAAACUUCUUUCAGCCCAAACUUCUUUCUGCCCAAACUUCUUUCCGCCCAAAUUUCUUUCUGUCCAAAGUUGUUUCCGCCCAAACUACUUUCUGCCCAAAGUUCAUGCUGCCCAAACGUAUUUCCGCCCAAAGUUCUUAUUGUACAAAGUUCUUUCCGCCCAAACUUCUUUCGGCCCAAACUUUUUUCUGACCAAACUUUUUUCCGCCCAAAAUUGUUUCUGUCCAAAAUUGUUUCUCGCCAAACUUCUUUCUGCCCAAACUUCUUUCUGCCCAAACUUCUUUCUUCCCAACUUCUAUCUGCCCAAAGUACUUUCUGUCCAAAGUUCUUUCCGCCCAAACUUCUUUCUGCCCAAAAUUCUUUCCGCCCAAUGUUCUUUCUGUCCAAAGUUGUUUCCACCCAAACUUCUUUCCGCCCAAAGUGCAUUCUGCCCAAACGUCUUUCCUCUCAAAGUUCUUUCUGUCCAAACUUGUUUGUGUCCAAAUUUCUUUCUGCCCGAAAUUCUUUCUGCCCAAACUUCUUUCUGCCCAAACUGCUUUCCGUCCAAAGUUGUUUCUGUCGAAACUUCUCUCUGCCCAAACUUCUUUCUGCCCAAACAUCUUUCCGCCCAAACUUCUUUCUGCCCAAACUUCUUUCCGCCCAAAUUGUUUCUCCCCAAACUUCUUUCUGCCCAAACUUCUUUCCGCCCAAAGUUUUUCCACCUAAACUUCUUUCUGCCCAAACUUCUUUCCGCCCGAAGUUGCUUCUGUACAAAGCCGUUUCUGCCCAAACAUAGUUCUGCCCAAACUUCUUUCCGCCCAAAGUUCUUUCUGUCCAAAGUUCUUUACGCCCAAACGUCUUUCUGCCCAAUCUUCAUUCUGCCCAAACUUCUUUCCUCCCAAAGUUAUUUCUGUCCAAAUUUCUUUCCGCCUAAACUUCUUUCGGCCCAAACUUCUUUCUGCCCAAACUUCUUUCCUCCCAAAGUUAUUUCUGUCCAAAUUUCUUUCCGCCUAAACUUCUUUCUGCCCAAACGUCUUUCCGCCCAAAGUUCUUUCCGCCCAAACUUCAUUCUGCCCAAACUUAUUUCUGCCCAAACUUCUUUCCGCCCAAAGUUCUUUCUGUCCACAGUUCAUUCUGCCCAAACGUCUUUCCGCCCAAAUUUCUUUCUAUCCAAAGUUCUUUCUGUCCCAAUUUGUUUCUGCCCGAAAUUCUUUCUGUCCAAACUUCUUUCUGCCCAAUCUUCUUUCCGCCCAAAGUUCUUUCCGCCCAAACUUAUUUCCGCCCAAACUUCUUUCCGCCCAAAUAAGUUUCCGCCCAAACUUAUUUCCGCCCAAUAUUCUUUCUGUCCAAAGUUCUUUCCGCCCAAAGUUCUUUCUGCCCAAAUUUCUUUCCGCCCAAAGUUCUCUCUGUCCAAAGUUCUUUCCGCCCAAAAUUCUUUCUGCCCAAAAUUCUUUCUGCCCAAACUUCUUUCCGCCCAAACUUCUUUCCGCCCAAAGUUCUUUCCGCCCAAACUUCUUUCUGCCCAAAGUUCUUUCCGCCCAAACUUCUUUCCGCCUAAACUUCUUUCCGCCCAAACUUCUUUCUGCCCAAAAUUCUUUCCACCCAAACUUCUUCCCGCCCAAAUUUGUUUCUGCCCAAACUUAUUUCCGCCCAAUAUUCUUUCUGUCCAAAGUUCUUUCCGCCCAAACUUCUUUCUGCCCAAAUUUCUUUCCGCCCAAAGUUCUCUCUGUCCAAAGUUCUUUCCGCCCAAAAUUCUUUCUGCCCAAACUUCUUUCUGUCCAAACUUCUUUCUGUCCAAAUUUCUUUCCACCCAAAUUUCUUUCAGCCCAAACUUCGUUCCGCCCAAAGUUCUUUCCGCCCAAAUUCUUUCUUUCUUUCCGCCUAAACUUCUUUCCGCCCUCUUCUUUCCACCCAAAGUUAUUUCCGACCAUAUUUCUUUCCGCCCAAACUUUUUCCUGCCCAAAUUCUUUCCGCCUAAACUUCUUUCCGCCCAAACUUCUUUCUGCCCAAAAUUCUUUCCACCCAAACUUCUUCCCGCCCAAAGUUCUUUCCGCCCAAAUUUUUUUCUGCUCAAAGUUCUUUCUGCCCAAACUUCUUUCCCCGCAAAUUUCUUUCUGCCACAAUUUCUUUCCGCCGAAAGUUCUUUCCGCCCAAAUUCUUUCCGACCAAAGUUCUUUCCGCUCAAAGUUCUUUCCGCCCAAAAUUCUUUCCGCCCCAAUUCUUUCUGUCUAAUGUUCUUUCCGCACAAAUUUAUUUUUGCCCAAACUUCUUUCCGCACAAAUUUCAUUCUGCCUAAAUUUCUAUCCGCCCUAAUUACUUUCCGGCCAAACUUCUUUCCGCCCAAAGUUAUUUCCGACCAUAGUUCUUUCCGCCCAAAUUUCUUCCUGCCCAAACUUCUUUCCGCCCAAACUUCUUUCUGCCCCAAAUUCUUUCCACCCAAACUUCUCCCCGCCCAAAGUUCUUUCCGCCCAAAUUUCUUUCUGCUCAAACUUCUUUCUGCCCAAAGUUCCUUCCGCUCAAUGUUCUUUCCGCCCAAAUUUCUUUCCGCCGAAAGUUCUUUUUGCCACAAAUUCUUUCCGCCGAAAGUUCUUUCCGCCCAAAUUCUUUCCGCCAAAAAUUCUUUCCGACCAAAGUUCUUUCCGCCCAAAGUUCUUUCCGCCCCAAUUCUUUCUUUCUUUCCGCCCAAAUUUCUUUCCGCCCAAACUUCUUUCCGCCCAAACUUCUUUCCGCACAAAUUUCUUUUUGCCCAAACUUCUUUCCGCACAAAUUUCAUUCUGCCUAAAUUUCUAUCCGCCCUAAUUUCUUUCUGCCCAAACUUCUUUCCGCCCAAACUUCUUUCCGGCAAAACUUCUUUCCGCCCAAUUCUUUCCGCCCAACUUCUUUCCGCCCAAACUUCUUUCCGCCCACACUUCUUUCUGCCCAAAAUUCUUUACACCCAAACUUCUUCCCGCCCAAAGUUCUCUCCGCCCAAAUUUCUUUCUGCUCAAACUUCCUUCUGCCCAAAGUUCAUUCCGCUCAAAGUUCUUUCCGCCCAAAUUUCUUUCCGCCCAAAAUUCUUUCUGCCCAAAAUUCUUUCUGCCCAAAUUUCUUUCCGCCCAAAAUUAUUUCCGCCCAAAGUUCUUUCUGCCCAAAUUUCUUUCCGCCCAAAAUUAUUUCCGCCCAAAAUUAUUUCCGCCCAAAAUUAUUUCCGACCAAAGUUCUUUCCGCCCAAAUUUCUUUCUGCCCAAACUUCUUUCCGCCCAAAUUUAUUUCCGACCAAAGUUCUUUCAGCCCAAACUUAUUUCCGCCCAAACUUCUUUCCGCCCCAAGUUCUUUCUGCCCAAAGUUCUUUCCGCCCAAAUUUCUUUCCGCCUAAAGUUCUUUCCGCCCAAAGUUAUUUCAGCCCAAAUUUUUUCUGUCCAGCGUUCUUUCCGCCUUUAAUUCUUUCUGUCCAAAGUUCUAUCUGCCCAAAAUUAUUAAAAUAG